CAUGGACUCUUCAUUUGCGCACAGAGUUCGCAGCAGAACAGCUGGAGAGGAAUACCACCGAAUGAAAGGAUAGAAGUGUUUAUUGUUUGUGUUUAUGGCCUCAUUCGUCGCCACUGGACAGCUAAAAAUGCACACAUGGUGAUUUGGUAACAUGUCUUCUGACGCAAAUUUCGCUCCGACACCGGAUGUAAAGUUUUUGUCUUUGAGCGAAUCUCUGGAGCGCAACACCAGCAGCGCACCCGACAAUUCACACUUGCGUGCAGGUAUUAUUAUCGCCACCGUUUAUGCGCUCAUUAUUAUCGUUGGACUGAUAGGUAACGUGACACUCAUUAGAACGUUUUGCAUCGUGAAGUCCAUGCGCAAUGUUCCCAAUCUCUUCAUGUCUAGUCUCGCUCUCGGAGACGUGUUGCUGCUGGUCACCUGCGCGCCCGUGGAUGCCAGUAAGUUUUUGGCGGAUGAGUGGCUCUUCGGGCGGGUGGGUUGUAAACUCAUUCCGUUUAUUCAGCUGACUUCGGUCGGGGUGUCGGUUUUCACUCUCACGGCGUUGGCAGCGGACAGAUACAAGGCCAUUGUCAAACCGAUGGACAUGCGGGCGUCUAAUGCCACACUAAAGGUCUGCCUGAGAGCCGCCUCAAUUUGGCUGCUCUCCAUGGUCCUGGCCAUUCCCGAGGCCGUGUUCUCCGACCUCCACACCUUCCACAUACCCAAAACCAAUGAGACCUUCAGUGCAUGUGCUCCAUAUCCCCAUGCUGGAGACCUGCACCCCAAAAUCCACUCCAUGAGCUCUUUCCUCAUUCUUUACGUCAUUCCUCUCCUCAUCAUCUCUGUGUACUACAUCUUCAUUGCCAGGAGUCUGAUUCAAAGCGCAAGCAACAUGCCAGUGGAGGGAAAUGCACACAUAAGGAGACAGAUUGGGUCACGCAUGCGUCUCGCCAAAACCGUGCUGGUGUUUGUGGGCCUUUUUGCCAUCUCAUGGCUCCCCAACCAUGUGAUUUACCUCUACCGCUCCUACCACUACACAGAGGUGGACACCUCGAUGGCCCAUUUCAUCUCCAGCGUCUGCGCGCGCAUCCUUGCCUUCACCAACUCUUGCGUGAACCCCUUCGCUCUCUACCUGCUCAGCAAAUCUUUUCGAAAGCAGUUCAACAAGCAGCUCUGCUGCUGCUGUCCAUCCAUCUCCACACGUUCCCAAAACACCACACGUAACAACACGCGACUCAGCUUGCUCAAAAGCACCCAGAAUCACUCCGUAGCCAGCUUCAGUCUCGUCAACGGUAACGCUGUCUGCCAUUAGAGCAAUGUGAGUUUGUGCAGUGUUAAAUCAUAGUUAAGAAAGUUAUGGGCUAGUUACACGACGCCGCCAUAUUAGAUUUCUGAUCAGCGAGCGUGGCCCGGCUUAUGCUUAUAUAUUUCCGGUCGUAUAACACUGUGUGGGAAAAUAAGGAUUUUUGGCCGGCAAAUAUGAGCGCUUUUUAAAUAAAUAAGUCAAAAUUUAUACAGUAUAUCAGUGAUAUAACAGAAAAACCUCUUUACAUUGCUGAGAUCCUCGAUAAGACAACACAACACGAUAUAACAGAAAAAAAAGACUUUCAUUCUCCAUGCUCAUGUGGUUAACCAAAAUCCGUAUACACAAGUCAUGUAACAUAAGCCGGCAUGUGUAUCGUACAUUUCCACAGAGAUGAUUUUGUUUUGACAGUUGGGGACUAAGAAAAUCAUUAAAAGCAUUUAUUUCCUCUUUCGAUGUGAAACCGCUACACACACUCUCUCCACACCGGGAGCUAUGACUGCGCUAUUAAUGGAAUACAAACGCCACCUGAUCAUGACUGUAUUAAGACUCUUUCACAGUAAGUACAACACGAUAAAUACGCUAAUCGCGGAAACUCAUCACAAAGAACACUACACGAUUGAUCCCUCACCUGUAAGUGAUGCUUGUGCUGUCUGACAAUGAGUUUCACUCUUGCCCUCAACGCAGAGUAUUCCAUCCGUCUGACUUUCAUCAUAUAGAACUUGUAACGAUGAGUUAAAUCUAUACAAAACUUAUCUACUAGCAGUGUGAGUGAAUACGAGUUUAUUGUUGUGUUGCUUAAAGAAGAUGGUGAUAUGGGAGAAACGCGGGGAGUUGCAUAGACUGGUAUAAAACAUCAUCUGCCUUUUUUGCUGUGAUAUCAAGUAGGGUUGGCUAAACGAGUUACUCAGAAAUGUACAGAGGAUUUUCUGUCAUUUUCUUUUUAUCAAAAAAACACUCAUAUUUGCCGGCCAAAAAUCCUACUUUUCCCAUACAGUGUUAUACAACCGGAAAUAAGCCCGCCCACACACGCUGAUCAGAAAUCUAAUAUAGCGGCUUCGUGCAACUAGCCCAUUGGAAUAGGAUUAGUGUUCAAUUAAAGUUUGCUUAUUGUUGGACUGUAUAGUUUUACCUGUAAUUGGCGUCUUGGGGUUUUCUAUGCUCUGAAAGGACAAACUAUUGGAAAACAAGAAUGAGGACAGCAAUUAUUUUAAGUACUUUCAAUGAACUGAAACACGAUCAUAGACAUUGGAAGUUAAAAACUUAUACAUGUCUGUAAUAGAUGAGCUUUAAAAUAUUGUUUAGCUUUUCAAGCUAAAUGUGCCGUUAGACGCAAAUGUGAAGGAAUGAACAAAUGUUAUACACUUAUUUAUUUAUUAGUCGUAUCUUUAAUAUUUGGAUCAAUAUUUUUAUGGAGAGUUGCGAUAAAAUGUGAACAAAAAGAUGAAUGCUCUUAUCUGUAUUAAAAGACUGUAGUCUUUUAAAAGGCCCUGUAGGGAUUAAUGACUUGAUUGACAUGCUGUGUUGCAUGAGAGCUCAGUAUUGUGUAUGCGAAAUCCUGGCAGGAAAAACAGGCCCGAUUCUUAUGGGACACCUCAUCUUUGUAGUGCCUUUAGGGAUGGCACUUUGUUUUUCUGAAUAAGUAUUUAUAGAGUGCAGGAGAGAGUUAUUUUUAUUUAUUAAAUUAAUGUGGCUUGAUCAUCUUUUACGAUCGACUUUGCUGUUAGUGUUUCAGGGACAUAUAGGGCUGGUUUCCCGUACAGGGCUUAAGACUAGUCCUUGACUAAAAUAAAUGUUAGAGCUGUCUAAACUGAAAAUAGCUUGGACUGACACAUCUUAAAAUACAUCAGUCCGAUUGUUUGUCUCAAAAUAUUAUACAUGUAUGUUUUUUGUAAGCCUUGUUUGUUAAAACUACUUUAAUGUCCUAAUUUAACUAAGGCCUAGUCCUGGGUUUAUCUAAUUCCUGUUCGGGAAACCAUGCACCCCAUUAUGUUUGUAUUAAAAAAAAUCUGAUGUCCCUCUGGUCUAAACAGAACCCGGUAAAAAGAUUUUUUUAUCUUUGUAUGGAGGACGGUUGGAUUAUGUUUUCCUCACAAGAUUAAGACAGAUAUGAAUAAUGAUAAUAGGCUACAAAUAAUUGUAAAGGUCCAGUGUGUAUUUUUUUGGAGGAUCUAUUUACCGAAAUGCAAUAUAAUAUACAUAACUGGUGGUGUAUAAAGACCUUAUAAAGUGUUUUUAAUGUUUUUAUUACAUUAGAAUGAGCUCAUUUCUAUCCCGCAGGUCCUCCUACAUGGAAUUUGCCAUGUUGUUUCUACAGUAGCCCAAAAGGGACAAACUGCUCUACAGAGUGUGUUUCGUAAAUAUGUUAUCUCCUUCGGAAAAGAAGUGAAAACAUGACAUCUUAGUUCUCUGUCAGCCACCAUAGUGCUUUGAAAGGGAGGGGUGGAGGAGCCGUUGGUUGCAAUUCGCAAUUUUAAACUUUUUAAAGCUUUUAAAAUAUCACAGGUUAAUCCCUCGCCAAAUCCCUAAUCAAUUUUUGCCAAAGCUUUUAGGUGUCAGAACUGACACCUUCUUCAUUGUGUGUAUUGUCAUACACUGUAAUGUUCUUUAUGUCAAAAGAAACAAGAUACAGGUAAAAACAUGCAUGUGACUAUUGAGGCAUUAUCUCUAAUGAUGAAAAGAUUCAUGCGGAAAUAAUGUUGUUGUUGCUGUUGUUAUUGUUGUUAUCUUUUUAGACAAUGAAGAAACUAGUGCCAUUGGCUUUGUGAAUAAAGUGUGCAUUUAUCCACAGAAACAGGUGCAGGCAAUAAAUGUGAUCAUGUGAUUGUUAUUCAUAUUGUGUAACAUAAGAUGAUAUAGUUAAUGAUCAUUAUAGUUUACCUACUGUACUGUACGUAUAUAUUGUGUCUUUCUAAAAAGUACAGAUCGCUACAAUAAUCGACAAACGGUACAAAAGAAGGAAAUUGCAUCAUGAGGUUUUAAGAGAUGCACCACAAGUUCAUCACAAAUAGAAUGGACUCAUUUACCGAACUGUCCUUGUCCUUGUAUUGUAUGUAAGAUCUGUGUAAAGAUUGUUCAAAACAUGUAUAAAAUUACCAACGUUUCUUCUUUUAUUCUAUGGUUUUAUAGUUUGGAAGGUUGUUCCUGUAUGACAUAUCGCUUAUUGCUCCCUGAACUCUUUGUAAGUCGCUUUGGAUAAAAGCGUCUGCUAAAUGACUAAAUGUAAAUGUUAAAGUUUCAUCGGUCUCAAUGCAGAUGUCAGUACUUUCAGGUGUUUGUUUUGUGUUGUGAUCUCAGAAUCAUAACCUUUGUCUUAUCAGCAUUGAAUUUAAAAAUAACAAUGUAAUGUUUUUGUUUGACUGCUCCAGUGAGACGUAUUACAGAGCCAUAUUUGUCCAUUUGUGAGAUCUAAGGAGAUUUUUUUAAAGCAAAAAUAGAACAUUUUUUGGGGUCAUUCAGUCCUUUUUAAGAAUGUACUGGAAAAUGUCACUUACCCCACUAUUUUCUGCUAAUCUAACAUUAAAUGUUUUUUCCAGCGACAACAAAGACUUGAUUCGUCAGUCUAUUGCUGUUUGUUGUUUCUGGGAAAAUUGACAGUGAAAGCAAAACAAACCCCAUUAUAGAAAUACAGAGAUGUAAAUCUGUCACAAUUAUUACAAUAAAGGAAAAUGAAUCGCCCAUGUGUUCAUGGAUAUUAUAGAUCUUUUUUACAGCCUUGGCUUCUCAUUAGCCAGGACAGAAAAUGUUUUCCAUCUAUUUAAUCGAUUGUUUCCCCGGUUUAAAGAAUGACUGUUUAUACUUGAAGUGAGUGCAGCGAGAGAUGAA